ACAAAAUUGUAUUUGCGCCUAAUGAUUAAUUGAUUAAUUAAAAAAUUCACUUGAUGUCGCAGAUUAGAAGAUACAGACCGUACAGACUAAAGAAAUAUCGCGCCAAAGAAGUUCGAAAUGUGGCCACAGGUAUCGCUGCUCGCGAAAAAUAUUUGUCAAUCACUAGAUUCUGUUUGAAUGUAUUAUUCAAGAUGUUAUUUAUGGGAAUUAAUUAAUAAUACGUAAUGACGAAGAAUUGCUGCGUUUCAUUCGAGGUUCAGUGCACCGUGUUAAACAUUUGUCUUUAAUACAAAUUAAUAUUUUGUGUCUCGAAAUGCUUGUGCAUUAAGGACAUUGAGGACGAGUGAAAAAGGUUACGUAUUAACGUGGCUGUCACUGAAUCUUAUUGUUAUGUCAACAAUACGGUGUUUACUCGGAGGAUUUAUGCUGACUGUAUAAACGCGUUUGUAAUAAACAUAUUGUGAGACGCAAAAUGGAAAUGGAUCAAAACGUAGCGCAAGCUCUAUUGACACAAGGUGCCACGCUGAUCUUGCUAGAUGUACCAUCGGGCACUGACAUCGGCAUUGACAUAAAGUCCUGGACUGUAGGACCGAAUUUUAAGGGGAUCAAGAUGAUACCCCCUGGAAUCCACUUUGUACAUUAUUGUGCGGUGAACGAAUUUGGCGAAUUGGCGCCUAGAGUUGGUUUUUUCCACAACUUCCAGAAGAGUGAAUUCUUAGUGAAAAGAUGGGAUAGCAAGGAAGAAGAUAUCAGUUCUGAAUCUGUACCUGAAGAGACAGUUCAGAGGUUGAGGGACAACAUAAAGGAAGUGGACAGGUACUUAGGACCAUAUCCAUAUGAGAUGUUAAAAUCAUGGACAAAAUUAACGAAUAGGAUCACUACAUCUAUCAUAAUGAGAUGCUCGCCAUUAUGUGGUUAUGUGCGAUCUGCCUUGGAAUUGGAGAACUGCAGUGACGCUUCUAGGCCACGUGGCAAAAAACCCGACAGCAGACGAAGGAGAACCGGUAGGCUCACAAUGGAGGACAAGGAGGAGGAAUUAUUACCGGAUCUGAAACCAAAACCCGGUACCGAACUCAGGCUCACGGAAAUACCGGAUAAGCAUUAUCCUGACAAUGCGACUCCAAGCGAGAUAACGCGACAUUCCCUUGAUACCAGUUAUGUCUUGGAUACCAUGCUAAAAAAAUUACGACAGCCUGUCGAGAUUAUCGGGGAGAUGCAGUUGACGUUCAUCUGUUUCUUAGCUGGUCAGAGCUUAGACGCCUUCGAGCAAUGGAAGAAAUUUGUAUCAUUAAUUUGUGGCGCGGAUAACGCGAUAUUACAAUAUCACUCUAUCUAUAUGGAAUUUCUACAAACCUUGGAAGUAGAAUUAUCGUACGUGCCGGAAGACGUGUUCUGCGACAUCGUGGCGAGCAAUAAUUUCGUGUAUCGCAAUCUGUGCAAGCUAUUCGGUAAUAUCGAGUCGAAUUCCGAGGUGGACGGUCGGUUGAAAACAUAUGCGAAGCGUUUGCAGGGCCGAUUGACUACGACGUUUCUGUGGGACUUUUCGAAUUUACUCGAAGAAGCGGACGAUGAAGCACCUGUUAUUGUGACUCUGGCAUAAACGCAAAUAAAUAAAUCACGAGGUAUAAAUUAUAAAUAUAGCGUUGUCCCUUUACAUUUAUAAUUAUAAAUAAAUCAUAUCUUUUAACGUUUAUA